UACAGGACAUGCGGUACCUGCAUGACUGGGUCGCAUUUUAAGGACAACGUACGACACGGAAUGCCUCAUUGAAUGAAGUUACAGGCACAUCGUAUCCCUGUCGAGAGGAAUAUGCCCAGCUAAACCGUAAGGAUAACAUUCCAUGCAGAAUAUUCAAGGAAAUACGUGCACACAAAUUAAAGAGAAAAUAUAUAUUAAGGAAAUGAGGACACACUAGAGGGAAUAUGAUAAAGCAGGCAAGCUAAGGAAAAAAUUUAAAAACUGACAAAAUCAGCAACAAUCAAACCAGCAGGUAAAUUUGAACGAAGGGGUCUGACAAAAAUUCAGCCACCAAUUUGCUCACGGUCAUGUGAUGAUGGAAUACGUCAAAUUCAACGUUGGGGGAGCGUACUUUUUGACGACACGAUGUACCCUUGAAAACAUACCAAACUCAAAGCUCGCAGCUGUGAUAAAUUCAGAGAAACACUUUGACGACAUCCUUGGCGCCUAUUACUUCGACAGGCGUCCCGAUUUAUUCAGUAUCAUUCUCCAGGCCCACCGCGAGGGGGUUUUGCACUGCCCGACCGAGGCCUGUGGAAACGAGGUCCUCGCGGAAAUGGACUACUGGGAAAUACCAAAGACGAUGAUUGCACAAUGCUGUGUUAGCAAGAUGGCCGCCGCUCAGCAGGAGAGACUCAUUGCUGAGACAGUAAAUGAGGACAUCCUCGGUGAUUUUGAACGGACUCUCAAAAUUGUUGACGCCAGUCACGGUUGGAGGAAGCGAGCUGCCAAACUGUGGAUAUUUUUCGAAUUUCCUGUGUCUUCUACGAAAGCGAAGACAUGGUCCCUAUUCACCGCUGCGAUGACCAUAGCUUCCGUCCUCUGCCUGAUGUUGAUGAACGACCUUAAAAUGCGCGUCCGCGACAGACCCGGGAACUCCAAAAACCACACGGACGAAGUCCUCAAACUUAUGGCUUCGGAAAAAUGGAGAAGGUUAUGGUUGGACGAUAUUCGGCCGGAGAUCCUGUAUCUGGAUUUAACAGUGAACGUCAUCAUUUUAAUAGACAUGAUAUUCCGCAUAUCAGUGUGUCCGUACAAAGCAAAGUUAUUCAAAUCAAAAACGAAACUUCUAGACCUUAUCGUCAUAACGGCAUAUUGGAUAAGCCAGAUUGCCAAUAUCCCGCAGAAUCUGCCGCGGUAUUUAGAAAUCGAACCGACAGAUGCACUGCGAUACGUGUGGCUAGUGUGUCAAAUCACGCAACUCUUCCGCCCACUCUUAAUGAUUCGUCUAGCUAAUACGUUCGUGGGCCUCCGCGUCCUGCUGAUGGUGAUCAAGCGGAGCAUGGCAGAAUUGCUGACUAUCAUUUUGUUUCUUGUCAUGGGCAUGAUGGUGUUUGCUUGUUUUAUUUUCGUAGCUGAGCUCCCCGUUGACGGGGAGUUUGAGAGUCCGUUCCAGGGCUGCUGGUGGGCUCUGAUAACGAUGUCGACGGUGGGGUACGGGGACGUCCAUCCCCACGCCUGGCCAGGUUACGUCGUUGGAAUGUGCUGCGCGAUCGUGGGGGUCAUUAUAACCGGUUUAUCGAUCCCGAUCUUGAGCAGCGAUUUCAACACUUAUUACAAUCAUGUGCGUCUGACGAUGUCGAAAAUAGUCGAGCGCAUGUCUGAGAUAAAGGAGGACAAAGACACAGAAACAAAAACCAUUGUGUCCGAGAAUGGACACUUAGUGGGACAGACUCACCUUUGACAUGAAGCUUUAAAGGGGGGAUAUAGGCAUGAGAUUACGUACCAUUUUUUCGAAGAAAAUCUAUUGUAGUACGUCAUAAUUUGCAUUUAAAGGGCAGUGGGAUUUCUUGUCCUAACAGCACCAAUGACGCACCUACAUGUAUAUGUACUCUUUUGUCACUUAAAAAAAUUCAGUAAGCACUGCUAGACACUGCCAUCCUCAACAUUAGACACAACCUCUCGAGCCCGAAUUGUUCCUUUGUUAUCAAAACUAAGCCUGGUACUCGUCGGCACUAUUUAUUCAUACAGAACGACAAGGAUAGGGGUAAGAAAUUAAGAUUCCUACUGAGUUUCGAAACGUAAGCAGACCUCCGAUCCAUGCCUAUAUUCUACCUUUAAAGCGGGACUGCAGGUAGGAGCUCGUGGGUGAUUUGGUCAUUUUAGAUGACUAAUAUGCACAGUUAGGAGACUGAGUAUAAGGUUCGAUGCAGCAUUAUAUGUAUCCCUCAUACAAGCAAGAAUAGUUUCAGUGCAUUCUCCGCAUGCAAUAGUGGCAUAUCUACGAUUGGUAUUUGUGGCUUAAAACGUACAUGUCGAACGAUACAAAUCAGGCUGCGCCACCUGGUAGCUAAAGGUGAAACUAGUAUCCCUUGCGCGCACAGUGGGAUAAUGAAGAACUACUGUGUGUGGUAUUGACUGGUUAUCUACAACCUUAGUUUCGUAUUCAACCUGGUUUUUGGUGUGACGGCUCCGAACAACGUUGAAAGGCUGUCUUCCUUUAGAGGCGACCGCGAAAGGGAGAUUCUCUUGAACAUGCCCACAAUGUAUAACAGUUCUUUGGACUGAUAAUGCAUGCUAUCAGUAAUGAGAAAUGCCUUUUUGGUGAAUAAGGACCAACAAUUUUGGCCGUCCAAAGAGUGUCCCUAGAUGGAACAUGCCCAUCAUGUAUACUUCGCGUCCAGGAUAUUUUCGCGUGUAGGUCAUGCUCACGAAAAUAUUCUGCCACGAAAAUCACUUGCUUUCCAGCAAGAAAGAAGACGCUCCUGAGAUCUGUGCCAGCAUACCUUCUAAUGUAAAUCAGCCUGAAACAAGAAACAUACAAUCGCAUUGAAUUUGUAACGAUGACUUAUUCAAACUUACAUCUAUUCUUACCUUACCUCGAAACUAGACUUACUGUGUCAUUUAACUGAGCUCAAGCAAUAUCUGGGAUCGAGAAUCCUACCUUUCUGUAUUCCCCUGUGUCCUUGGCUGGCAUUCCUCGUAUUCCAUGGAUUGAAGACGCUCCUGAGAUCUGCGCCAGCAUACCUUCCGAUGUAGAUCAGCCUGAAAACAAGAAACACACAAUCGCAGUGAAAUUAUAAAGAUGACCUAUUCAAAUUAAUUCCAAAAUGUUUUAAUCCAGUGUGGUCAAAUAAAAUGUUGGCAACAGUACAAAAGUUUUCAGUAAACAACAAUCUUUUUUGCUACCAGGAAAUACGUGGUAACACAUCUCCAUGCAGAU